AUGUGUCUAACUGUGCAUUUUGUUGACAUUGAAUGGAGGUUACACAAAAGAAUUUUAAGUUUUGGUCCAGUUCCUAGUCAUCGAGGGGAAGUGUUAGGUUUUGCUAUUGAGAAAGUUUUGUUGGAUUGGGGAAUUGAUAAAGUUUUUACUAUUACUGUAGAUAAUGCAAGUUCUAAUGGUACAACCAUCAGUUACUUAAAGAGGAGGGUGAACAAUUGGAAGGGUAGUGUGCUCAAUGGUGAGUUCAUGCACAUGAGGUGUGUUACACAUAUCAUUAAUUUAAUUGUGCAAGAUGGAUUGAAACUUGUGGGAGAUUCUGUACUUCGAAUUAGGCAAGCAGUAAAAUAUAUUAGGCAAUCACCUGGUAGAACUGCUAAAUUCAAAGAGUGUGAAGAUGAGGAAAAGGUUAAGUGUAAAAAACAUUUGUGUUUGGAUGUGCCUACUAGAUGGAAUUCCACAUAUAUGAUGUUGGACACUGCUCAAAAAUUUCAAAAAGUUUUUGAUAGAUAUGAUGAAAAAGACCGAGAUUUUACACUUGAUCUUUCAAAAGAUGGUGGAAAAGGAAAGCCAAUGGAAGAUGAUUGGGAUAAUGGGAAUCCAGAAAAAUUGAAUAUGAUGAUGUUUGUUCUUGAGCCUCGAUACAAGUUAGAGUAUGUGGAUUGGGGCCUUUCUGAACUGUUUCCUCCUCCUACAUCUUCAAUUUUGAGUAAAAAGGUGAAGGAUGUUAUUUUUUCAAUGUAUGAUGAGUAUAAAAAUGGGGGUAGACAAUUCCAAUGUAGUGGACCUAGUGGUAAAAUUGCCGAAGCUAGCUCUAGUUCUUCUAGUCGUAUCUCUGAUGAUGAUGGGCUAGAUAAAUUCAAGAGGCAUAGGUCAGAAAAAGAAGGUGGGGAAGGCAAGAGUGAUCUUGAGAGGUAUCUUUCUGAGGCACCUGAAGAGGGUAGUCAAGAAUUUGAUAUUUUAGGAUGGUGGAAGAUAAAUAAUCCAAGGUUUCCUAUCCUUUCACAGUUGGCACGUGAUGUUUUGGCUAUCCCCAUAGCUACUGUUGCUUCUGAGUCUGCAUUUAGUACCGGAGGUCGUGUUCUUGAUUCUUUCAGGACAUCAUUGACUCCUAAGGUUGUGGAGGCUCUUAUAUGUUCUCAAGAUUGGUUGCAGAAUUCACCAUUACCAGUGAACUAUGAAGAAAGCCUUGAAGAACUUGAUAAACUUGAGAAAGGAAUGAUGCUGACCGAUAUAUUGGAGAAUUGA